UCUCUCUCUCUCUCUCUCCUCUGGAUCUCGAUCUUUUCGGCUUUGUUUGCUUUUGAUCUUUCCCUCUCUCAAAACUAGGGCUUUUGUUUCGCCUUCGCUGCAAAAACUUCAAACUCCUUUUAGCUACCUAACACAUCUUGAAUCUGGAGCUCCUCUUUCAAUCUUCUCAAUUAAUCUAGGGUUUGCAUAUCUGAACAGCUCUUGCUUCAAGCUCGUCUCUUACUUCUCUCUCUCUCUUUCGGAUUCAAUAUGUUCUGGAAGGUUACUUCUCUAUCGUCUCCGGUUGAGUCAGUAUUGGACAAGGAAAAUUUCACAUUGGCAGAGCUUCUAGAUGAAGAAGAUAUAAUCCAAGAAUGCAAAGCAUUAAACGGUCGUCUCAUUAAUUUUUUGCGAGAUAGAGCCCAGGUGGAACAGUUACUGCAGUAUAUUGUGGAAGAGCCUCCAGAGGAUGCUGAUAGCAAACGUACCUUCAAGUUUCCCUUCAUUGCCUGUGAGAUCUUUACAUGUGAAAUUGAUGUUAUCUUGAAAACUUUAGUGGAGGAAGACGAGUUAAUGAAUUUGCUUUUCUCCUUCUUGGAACCAAACCGUACUCAUAGUGCCUUGCUGGCUGGAUAUUUUAGCAAGGUUGUAAUAUGCCUCAUGUUGCGGAAGACAGUCCCGCUUAUGAAUUAUGUUCAAGUCCAUCAGGAUAUAUUCCGCCAGCUUGUUGAUUUGAUAGGGAUUACAUCCAUCAUGGAGGUUUUGGUUCGACUUGUUGGUGCCGAGGACCAUAUUUAUCCCAAUUCUAUAGAUGUGAUGCAGUGGUUGGCUGAUAGCAAUUUACUAGAAAUUAUUGUUGAUAAACUGAGUCCAUCUAGUCCUUCUGAAGUACAUGCAAACACAGCAGAAACUUUAUGUGCUAUCACUCGGAGCGCACCAUCACCUCUUGCCACCAAGCUUUCUAGCCCAAGUUUUGUGGCAAGGAUAUUUGGUCACGCGUUGGAAGACUCACAUUCAAAAUCGGGUCUUGUCCACUCAUUGUCUGUCUGUAUUUCUUUAUUAGAUCCUAGAAGAUCACUUCCUUCUCCCUUGAUUCAUUCUUUCCGGAGUCAACACAUGUAUGAGUCACACAUACAUGUUAAUCCCGAGACUGUUGGUGCAAUGCUGCCCAAACUUGGUGACUUGCUGAUGCUACUAAAUGUGUCCUCUGACGAGAAGGUUUUGCCUACAACCUAUGGUGAACUCAGGCCUCCUCUUGGAAAGCAUCGUCUAAAGAUUGUGGAAUUCAUUGCGGUGCUACUGAAAAUGGGCAAUGAGGUUGUGGAGAAAGAAUUGGUCAGCUCUGGAACUAUUAAAAGAGUCCUUGAUCUCUUCUUUGAAUAUUCAUACAACAACGCAUUGCAUCAGCAUGUGGAGAGUAUUAUAUAUUCAUGCUUAGAAAGCAAAAGUAAUACCAUUGUUGAUCAUCUGCUUCAAGAGUGUGAUUUGAUUGGGAAAAUCCUCCAAACUGAAAAAAAUCCAAUUGUUUCUGGUGACCAAAAUCAGCCAACUUUACCUGCUGCUGGAAGAAGGGCACCCCGUGCUGGAAACCUUGGGCACCUUACGCGUAUUUCUAAUAAGCUUGUUCAGUUGGGAAACAGUGAUAACCGCAUCCAAGAACUUCUUCAGGUAAAUAGCGAAUGGAAUGAUUGGCAGGCAACAGUUUUACAGGAGCGCAAUAUGGUUGAAAAUGUCUACCGAUGGGCUUGCGGCCGGCCAACUGCAUUGCAUGACAGGACAAGGGAUAGUGAUGAGGACGACAUUCAUGACAGGGAUUAUGAUGUAGCAGCUCUAGCUAAUAAUCUAAGCCAAGCGUUUAGAUAUACCAUAUAUGAUAAUGAGGAUACAGAAGAGGGCCAUGGAGCUCUUGGUCGAGAUGAUGAGGAUGUUUACUUUGAUGAUGAAUCUGCUGAAGUUGUGAUAUCAUCCCUGAGGCUGGGUGAUGACCAAGGGAGUUUGUUCACCAAUUCCAACUGGUUUGCUUUCCAAGACGACAGAAUAGGUGAUGUGCCCAUGAGCACAUCGCCUUCUGAGAUGAUGGACAAUAUAAACUUGAAUGGAAUAUCAAAUGGUGGUAAUAGUAGUAGUGAUGAUGAGGUGGUGGUUGGAGAGGAUGAGGAGUUGGCUGAAAGCCAAAAUUCUGCCAAUGGCACAUCCAGUUCCCAUGCUAAUAUAUUUAAUGGAUUUAGUGGAAACAAUUCCAUAAAUGGUGGAGAGUUGAAUCCACAUAGUGAGAAGUCAAAUGCUUCUGGUGAUACGAGCUUCUUCAGAUUUGAGGCAUCAGACAUUGAGGAUCCAUUUGGAGAUAGGCCUAUUCCUGAAUGGGUUGGAUGGGGUGAGCCAUCGGAUUUUCCAGCUGGUGGAUCAAAUGUGAAUCCAUUUGUUGAUCAGAGCUACCCUAGUGUCAAUCUUUCCAAUUCAGUUGAGGCAGUGGCACCCCCUGUAAGUUCCACCUCGAGUGGAAGUGCAGAAUCUGUACCAAAUGGUACCUCAACUUCCACAUGUUCCAGUGACGGAUCCGUGGGAUCCGAUUCAAGUCAGAGAGUUGCUGCAGUGCCGUCUUUGUUUGAAGAGGAUGUCGAGUUUGUAGGCGUGGAAUUAGAGGGUACAGAAAAGGCAAUGGAACAGGCUCUUAAAGAGGGGAUUGUUGGGGAAGCAGGGGCAUUGAAAAGAAGCAUUCUUCCUAAGAUGCCGGAGAAGGAGAAUUCAGACGACAGUGGGGCAGGGAUGAAGGAGUUCAAUGAUUCAAACUACUGGAGGGUUGAUCAGGAGGUUGCAGUUCUGGAGUAAUGGCGGGUAUUCCUGUUUUGGUUAUUUGAACCUGUGACAGAUCUGGCAGCCGGAGAUCCCAUUUUCGUUUGGCAAGGGGUUAUGAAACGGUCAUAUGUACAGUAUAAUUUUGUUUCAAUAGGACUCAGCUAUUAGACUGUCUUGCUUGUUACUGAUUAUUUAUUGUUACACUUGUUCAUUAUUCAGGGCUUUGUUUUCGACCUGUUGCUGACUUGUGGGGUUUCCCCAUCUCCAUAAUAUUCAUAUAGUUCCUAC